CUGAUAUUUGAUCUAAUUUUUUCUUUUUGGAAACGAUCGCGUUCGUUUUAUAACUGGGCUGAUUGUAUAAUAACUAUUAACUUCAUCGAAAGCUGUUUGAUAAGUUUCCCAAAACUCGGUUCUUGUUGCGAAAAGCUACUAAUAACUUUGAAAUUUGAGAGAAACUCGAGAAUAAUAAGACCAUAAUAAAAUUGUACUGUAUGUUUAAUGGAUUUAUAAUCUUCUUUUUUUACCCUUUUUCCUCUUAAGCAUUCUAUUUCCGUGUUUCAUUUUCUGAGUAUAUAGACUUGGUUCUUUUCUUAUCGAUUUUGCGUUUUUGUGCUUUUCUUUCUUUUAAUUUGUUAAAUUUAUAAUACUCACUUCUACAUUUGUCACUCUUUUGGUUGGUUUUCCUUUUAGAAGGAAUUACUUGUUUUUGAUUUCCUUUUGAUAUUUGCACACUCUUUGAUUUCGUGUUCUGUUUACUUUUUGUUUCUAUCAAUUCUUCUUUUUUAUUUGAAACCUUCGUUUUCAGUAUCCUUACAAUUUAUUUUUGGGGGGUUUUUUUUUUCUCAAUUUGCUCAUUGACCUUAUCUCGUUUGUCUCUCUUUCUUUGAUUAUUUAAAUAUUUUAUUAUUAUGUCAACGCCUAAAGUACCUCCCACCCCUUCGUCUCCUCGUCGCUCAAUCCAGCGUAUUGCUGAUGCGAAAAAUAAGUCUCUUACCUUCAAUCGCCGUAGAUUAGGGUUAUUCAAAAAAGCUUAUGAACUUUCUGUAUUAUGUGACGCCAAAGUCGUGGUCUUGGUUUAUGACACCAAAAAUGCCUGCCAUGUAUACUCGUCAGAAGAGCCCGAAGAAAAGCGUGAUAAUAUGUUGCGUACAUUUUUGGAUAAAGACUUCAUUACAAACGACCCUUUACGUAAUAAUAGUCCCCAGAAUCUUCAGACAGGUGAGGCGCUUCCUUCUUGGCAAAAUCAGGAUGAUUACAUCGCUUCUGUGACUACAUAUCGAGCUGAACCGUCCCGCAAGGACUUUAUAGACUCUCCUGUGGAUCUUGAUAGUCAACCCUAUGCUAUGAAGUCCUCCACCUCCUAUCAUUCUGUUCCCAGGAAAGAGAAACCGAAAGACAAUUCUUUUCCGCCCUUAAAUACAAACUCCGCACAAUCGUUUGAUCUACCAUUUUCUCCUUCUUCUAGAGGAUCAAAUGUCGAUGCUUUACCUAACGACUGGAUGAAUACGUUUUCGGAUCAAUCUUGGACUUCUCCAUUACCGAAUACAGAUGACAUCUUAUCACCUUCUCCUGCUCUUCAACAUAAUAAUUCCCCUAUGGAUGUUGACAAAUUUCCACAAUAUCCUUCUGUUCACUCUAGACGUACCCUUUAUGGUUCCCGAAGUCGCCCUGAGUAUUCUUCUAUAAAGCGUACACAAUCGUUAAAAACUAGGCGCACGACGAAACCAAAAGUUACCCGUAUACAUACCGCACAUCCUUCCAUCGAUGGUCACUUCGACUAUAUCCAUAAUAGUCCUUUAUCUUCUGGUUCUACCAUAGAAAGUUUAUCUGCUAACCCAUUUAUUCCCCCUGAGCCUCGUUCCCAUUCUAUUGAAAUUGAAAACUAUAACUGUUUGGACGAUAAUUUUAGCCCUAAUACUUGUUCUGAUACAAUACCUGAAAUUUCAUUGUCGGCAGAUAAUGAGAAUCUUAAUAUUUUUAAUGAUACUACAGGAGCCUCUAAUUCUCAUAAUACGUUCUUUGAUUCCCAAUCUCUGAAUGAUUCUAAUAAUGUCGAUAUAUCUGAUGCUGCUUUAAUGCAAGCAAAUGCUGAUUGGCACGCGCUCACCACUUCUCACAUAGAUUUGGAUUUAGAACACCAAGAUACAUCUUAAUCGUUACCAUCUCCUAACUGAGCUACACGCUGUUUACAAUCUUUUGAGGAGUUUAUGGUAAUCGUAGCUACUUUUGCUGAAUGGUGCUGUAAAGAACUUACUCACUAGUACAUUCGUUACCAAG